UCCCUGUACCUGAUUCGUCAGGAGAUGACGGUAUCCCAGAAGCAGCUGGGAGAGUUCUGUGAGGCCCUAAAGCAGUACCUGAAGAAUGUCUCUGCUGAAAGAGACUGCUUCCAGUGAGUCCACCUAUUUAACUUUAUCUGUGUGUCUUUCAUUGUCCAUCUCACACAAUACCUUUGGUGACCAUUUGUCCACAGUGUGUGUUUUUCUACAUGGCUGAUGUAUUCACAACCUAACUGGUUAAAUACGAACCCUGCUCAAGUACUUUACCAAUCCUCAAUAUACAACUUAAUAUCGUGAGACAGAUGCCCUGACACAUUUCUUUGUUAACCCUGUUGUGAUUGUGUCAUGCCUUCACAAAUCCUCACAUUAGUCUCUGGAGUGAUGGGCCAUGCCUUCUAACAGAUGGAAGAUCUUAAUUUGAGCCAGUUUGUUACAGCAGGAAAAUUAUCCUGAAGCAACAGGAAAUGUGAAUUAUAUGGAUUUUAAUUAAUGGAUAUGUUUGUAGGUGUUGAUUCAUUUUUCUUAAGGGAAAAUAAAGUCUGUAAUUUCAAAGUGGAAAUUACAAACUUCAGAAGCCUUUUUAAAACUCAAAUACACUACAAGUCUUAAAAGUAAUAUACUCCUGCAACUUGUGAUCAAAUUAAGAUCCUACAUCUAUAAUGCUUAUUUUGUCACAAUGCUCUGCAAGGUACUAAUCUCAGCUCCAAGUAUAAUGGCAGGAAGGCUCAGUGGAAGGAAACUCAGAGAGAGCAUGAAUAGAUAUGAGAAAAUAAAGGACAAAUAAGUCAACAUUACAGUUGAGGGAGAUAGGGAGAGACAGAGAGCCUCUGAGUGCUGGUGUGUACAGGUUAGGGAUGGUUGAGAGAGCAUCUGGCAGAGAAAGGAUGUGCUGGGGACUGAAGAGGCAAUCAGACUGGAUAAACCUGUUAGACACGCUGUUGUCCUCUGCCUCUCCACAACUAUCAUCAACCAGGAGGAAUCUCCAUGUGACAAGGGACGAUGAAGUGGAAAAUAGGGUUGAGCAGAUUAGAGAAACCUGGGUUUAGGUGGACAGAGCUUCUCAGAUCUUCUUGCUCUGAGCUGAGGUAGUGUGCAGCAGCCUACUGCACAACCUCCAAAUACGCUUUAGAGCACUGCUGGAAAUAGCUGAUUUGUAGAGAAGAUUACAUUUAUUUUCACUAUUAUUGCUGCUGCCUAUAGUACAAUUGUAUCUUCUUUCCAAUCAAUGUAGCAGCAGAUUCUCAUGCCUAGAGUGUGUAAGACUCAGUUCAAAAGGACAAGUUCCUCUACGGUCGGUUUCAGAGCUACUCCCUGGAGCCAAGUCCAGAAAAUGGGCUGGCUGCUGUCAGCAGUGUUUUGUAGUCCCAUCAUUAUACACGUAGGGAUGGUCAAUAAUUGAUCACUGAGGAAUUGGGCUCUGAGUCUGUACUGUGAAUAGAUGGUUUUCUUUCUCUCUCUCUUCUCUUUCUUUCACACAUUACCACUAUUUAAGUCUGAAACUUUAUUUUCCUCCCUCAUCUCUCUACUCUUGGUUCCUAUAUGUGCUUCUAUAUGGUACUAAUACAUCCUGUAAAUUAUGCAAAUGUUUUGUCCUUGAACUUACACGCACAACACACAGACAAACACACAGACAAACACACAAACAUUGACAAAGUUAUGGGAAGGAAGCACACGCAUGGAUGCACAGACACACAUUCAAACACCCUCCCCUUGUCCACAUCUUUCUUUUAGAUGGACACACAUUAACUUAGACAUGUUUUUUUCGGUUUGAUGAAUGUGAUUGUGGAGCCUCCUCGCACAGAAGUGGCCCGUCAAAUGAAACAAUGCAGUCGUCUGAUCUAGAUGUAACCUCAGACAGAGAGCUGCCAGCUGUAAUGGAAGCAUUCAGCAGGUCAAUAAGAUGUGUCAGGAGUCUCUCCAGUUGCGAGCUCCACUGUGAUGGAAGGAAACAUAAAACCCAGCUCAUACAGUAGAACUCUUCUACUGCACUAAACCCCUGAGGUACAACUCAGCCAUCUGAACCACUACUGCCCUCCAGUGGAGGAUUAUGCGUGGGAGUGAGUGGAGCUGAAGUCAAGUGACUAUGGGCUUCUACUAUAAUGGUUGACUAUGGGCUUCUACUAUAAUGGUUGACUAUGGGCGUCUAUUAUUAUGGUUUAUGUGGUGUGAAAGUGUUUCUGUGCUCAGCUACCACACAUCACUCUCUCACAUCUGUCUGCGUAAGCUUAUUGGCAAUUCACUCUCUUUAUUUGAAUAUUUUCUAGUUCUCCACUGUUCCAAUGUCCAAUGCCCAUUAUUGACUUGCCAGUGUCUCACUCUCUCUUUUUUUAUUCCUUUCUUCCUCAGUGUGACUGCAGUGCGGCUGCCAGAUGGGCUGUCCUUCGUGAUGUAUGAGUUCUGGGAUGGAGAGGAGGAGUGGAAAAAGUAAGUUCUAGAAUUGUGUCUCAUUUGACUUCUCAGGUAUGGAGUCAUCCCUCCCUCCCCCACAUCUUCUGACCCUUCACUCCUUGGUCUUCUUAUAAUCCCAUAGGUACAAUUUCCAGAAAUUAUGGAAUCAAUAAUGCACAUUAAUUUGAUAUGUUGGUGUCUACUAUUUUGUAAGCACAGUUCUCAUAUGAGAUAUGUGUAUUUUUUACACAAUUGGGUAAAUGAUUACAGAAGAGCCGUCAUUGCUUAGUGUUUUUGUUUAAAUGUUGAUACAAAGCUAACAUCUGGAGUCAGACUUUGGUUAAGUAGACUCCAGAGGUACAAAGCUCUAUCACAGCAGGAACCUAGCUACAGCCACAGUCACUGAAUAAGGCUGACAUACUGUAAUUACUUAUUGAUGUUUUUGGGGAUGUGCUGAGGCUGUGAUGAGUCUCUAUCUUGUAAGUUCUCUAUUAAUAUUUUACUGCUCACAAUCACAUUAUAAUCUAUGGGGCGUAGGAGAACUGAAGGAGUGUGUGUGUGCGUCUGCAUGUGUGUGCGCGUCUGUGUUUAUAUGUGAUCUCAUGCACACCACCUCUGUCCUCAGGCACCUCCAGACUGCGUCCUUCAAGGCCUUUCAACAUGUUAAAGUGGACACUCUGUGCCAGCCUGAAGCUAUGUCCACUGUUGCUGUGCCAGGUUAG